AGAGGAUUCGCAGCAAAGGAGCCGUUGACUUUUUGGCAACCAAACGUUGAAAAAUAAGUUUCUCAUUGCAAAAAAAAAUGAACUGCGAUCGAAAACCAGUAGGAUAGUAGCUCGAUUUGCUGUGGAUAACGAUGGAUGACAUUUCUCUGAGGAAACGACAGCUGGACGACAAACUAGCUCAGGUAUUUCCCUGGGGUAAUUUUCACUACUGGUGGCUGGCAGGAAAUUAAACCCAACAUGGGUAUUUCUGUGCGUCUAACUCGACUUUCUGAACAUUUAUUCGUUUCUCUACACUUAAGUUAAUUUUUGUGGCGUAAAAUAAAAAAAGGAGAUAUCGCCCAUGUAAAAUUCGCUCUAAUCAGUAUGUUGUCAGUUAAUUAGUACAGCCCCACGUUUAUCGAUUAAAAUUCUUUGAUAAUUCGCAAAAUGAUUUGCUGGUAAUUAAUAAUCAUCUUAAUUUUUUUCACUUUUGUAUUUUGAAGAGUACUGAGAACCAUCUUGCAUUUAUCGCACGUAAUUUUUCAAUAUUGCUUUUCCAUAAACAACACUCUGUCUCUAAUUCUUCAUAGCUCGCAGGUUAUUCCUGUACGUUUGCUUGUGCAGGGUUAGCAUGAUGAUACCAUUUUAGCUAUUAAAUUCUAGGAGUAAAGAGUGCCAAAAGCUUUGGAAAGAUAGGUUAUAUGAACAAGAAAAGAAGGUAUCAAGUCUCUUUUACAAAUUUUCUUUCAUUUCAGGAGAAAAACAUCUUGGCUUUUCUCAAAGACAGCUUGGAAAAGACUGAUCAAAUUACAGGGAACAUGGUGAGUACAAUUCCACUUUUGAUUCCAUGUUGCUAACUUUUCUUAUUCAGACAAUUGACAAUGAUAAUGAGUCAACUUAUAAAAAAACAAAAACAUGACUGUCCCACAGAGGUUGUUUGCCUCAGAGCUCAACACACAGACUGUUCAUGCUUAUGACUUCUAUCAAGAGUUUUAUUCAUGAUUCUGGCCAGUGGUUUGGGGGAUACCCCUGGUAAUAUAUGUAAUACUCACCCUGGGGAGGAUGAUACAAAAAAUGUUAUGUGAUGUUAUAAAUUAAACAAUUAUUGUCCUGGUAUCUGGUGAGAGACCCUCUUAAUGUUAAGUGCUAAUAUUCUCAUCAGUAUUCAAGGGCAUGCAGUGAAAAACAGUGCUUACUCAAAGGAUAUUUUAUGCAUACCUAGUUGGGAUAUUUUUCCUGUCAUGAGGGUGAAAAUCUAUUACCGUUUUACUUGUUUGUAUUUAUAGCUUGAUAUCUUGUCCAAGUUUGAGGUGCGCAUACAUAAACUGGAAGACACCAUUGUUCCUGUUCAUCGGGAAACUGAUGACUUGCAAAGAAGACAAGCUAGUAUCCUUAAAAAGCACAAAACCACUCAUUAGACAAAUAAAACUAAGAAUAAUAUCUCAAGUCAUUGUAUGCCAUGUUCUGAAAUAAAUGUUUGUAGUAUUUUGAGUGAGUGCUUGUACAUUGAAAGUGAUCAAUUAUGGCAUAAAAUGAUGCUUUUGUGAUACACCCAUUCUGUGCAACCUGUAGUCAGUGGUCAACUUUAUUUAGCAGUCACCCUACCAUUCCUUGUGGAUGAUUGCUUAGUACAGGUUCAACUGUACUUUUAAUUAUGAACUUACUCAAUAGGCAUUUUCAGCCUCUCCUUCAGACAUUUCUAAGAAAUUAAGAUACGGAGAAAUUCCUCUCUGGGAGAGAGGCUAGCAAUUUUAAGGCAUCAACAGGUUUUUGAACAUUUUUAGUGUGCAGAUGUGUUUCAUUAAAUUUGUUUAUUAAUUUAAAUUGUAAUGAAACAGGAAAGCACACCAAAAAGAUAUUAUGGUAUACUAUGUACAAGUAAACAACAAACAAACUUUAACUGGAAGUCCAUCCAACAGAAGGAGGCUUACAUGCUGUUUUAAGCAGACCUAGAGCAAAGCUCGGUUUCAUUAAAUUGUUAUGUAACAUUAAACUUCUUAACCAUUCCCAGAUAUUGAUAAAUGUUUGUCGGCAUUGGAUCAUGUGAUUAGUUAUCACCAUGUCUCUGCUAGUGUGGAACAUGUCAUCAGAGAUUCGUAAGUAUUAAUGGUACAAGUGCACAUUUUCAAACAGGGCAAACGUAGGAGAUUUCCCUAGGCCUUUAACUUCUGUGAAUGACCAAGAGAAGAUUUCUCCCCACAAUAUCAAGACAAUACCAAGCAGAUAUUUAAUGGUGUGAAUGAAGAAAAAUAUCAAUUAGGUGAUAUAAGUUGAUUCAAUACCAAAUUCUCAGAACUAACAUUAUAAGAAAUGUGUAGCAGAAAGUAAGAAGAAUUACUAAUUAAUAAAUGUCGUCCUGGGAGUGAAAUGAUCGGUUAAAACAGUUAUAAUUGCUGUAACACUUAUUAUUGUAAUGCUGUUUUUCCUCCAGCCCCACUGGUCAACUUGAAGCUUACAUUAAAAAUCUUGAAAGAGUGCUAGAUGCAAUUGAGUUCUUUAAUCACAACAAUCCUAAUUGCAUGGAACUCUCUAGCCUGGUAUGUAUACUGAGUUGUUUUUGCAAAACUGUACCUUGCUAUAAGCUCAAUGAUUUCCAAAGUGGCCUUAUAAAAGGUGGCCAAAAGGGAUAAGGUGGUGGCCACCAAGAUUAAAGUAGUCUCAUAAUGUAUGAAAGAAAUUUUUUUAGUCACUGUUGGUAAAGUGAGUCAUUUCUUUGCAGACUGCUCUGCGUGAUUAUGGACGUGACUCACUAGAGAAAGAAUUCCGCCUGAUGUUAAACAGGCACAGUAAACCUGUUCCUGUGGAGAUGAUUGUGGAACUGGUGGAGAGUGAGACAGGUUGCUUUUCAGUUAUAAUUUUUACCAUUUAGUUGUCCCUGUGUAAACCGGAUAUACUUGUUGUAGUUUAUCACAAGUAUUGGCUCAAAAUGAUUUCAAUUAAAUUUAAUUCAACUUGGUCUUUGGUUUUUAGGUUUUUUACGGCAACCCUUAAACCAAAUGAGAAACAAAUCAGACUUGUUUGAAAUCAUUCUAAUAUGAAAUAUUUUUUUAAACAUGAACAACACACUGGACAAAAAUAGUAUACUUUAAGUCUUGUCAAAAUGUAUCAGCUUAGCAAAAUAGAGAUCAAAAGCUUAGAGAACUUCAAACUUUAAUGGUAAUAUAUCACUUUCUAUUAUAUUGGCUUUCCCUCCUUUUCAAUUUAUAUUUUUUACUCACAGAGUGUUAUUGAUGAAUUGGGCUUUCCUUUAAGCCAUCUUAAUCUAAACAUUUAUUUUUUUCCAUUUUUCUCUAAAGAAAACUCAAAGGAAAAUGUCAAGCUAGAGCAUUUAUCAGGUUUGUAACCAACCUUCUUAUUAUUAUUUUAAUUGUAAUUAUUAUUAUUAUUAUUAUUAUUAUUGUUAUUUAAGUUCAAAUGAAUAUGGCAGACUGGAAGCUGUAGAGGUCUACAGUAAUGUCAGAUAGCAAGCAUGGAGUGCAUGUCAACUGUGUUGACUUAGGUCACAACUGAAGUCAUGUGAGGGUAAUUUAAUAUUAUCAACAGUAUUAUCAUGGUUAAGAGUUUCAAAGUUGACGUUUCAAGCAUCAGCCCUUCGCAUUCACUCCAACAAAUGGCUAACACUCAAAAUGUCAGCGUUGAAACUCUUCACGGUGGCCAAUUUAUAUUAUCAACUCGGUUGAUAAUACCAAAUAACCUUGUUACAUUACCCUCCCAUCAACACAGCACGACAGUAAUGUUUCUUUAGAAACCUAUUCCCUCCGUUCAUAAAGCCAUCUAUUACUUUAUCAGUGGUCAGAUCUGUGUUAAUGUUCUGUCUCUUCUUUUACAGAGAAAGUUUUGGAAGACUUAUGUACCAUAACCCACUGGCUGAAUGGACCUGGAUAUGAUGAAACUGUGGGUAAGAAAACGGAAUUUACUCUGUGGAGCUUUAUCCUUUACUGUUAUUUUCUAGAAAUUUGUUUAUUUAAAUACUUUUAAUAUAUUUUUAGUUUUUUUCUGUAAUAACAUGCAAACUUGCACUGACCAUUGGACUACUGGACAAAGCCGUGGCGUUGGUGUGCCCACAGUACAAUUGACCACUCGUGCUAAAAGUAGCACCUUGUACAGUUGUACAGUUGUAUGGUCGUACAUCCAAAUUUUUUUGGCUUGACGGGUUACUACUAUUUUGUAUAAUUAUGAGGCUACACAAGCUCCACUAUUAGGAUUUUAAAACCACUUCCCCAAUAGAACUUAACGUUUUGUUUGUCCUUCAGAUUUUAUGAGUGUCUAUGCCCAAAUCAGAUCUAAUUCCCUUGUGCGAUCUCUACAGGGGUAAGUCAUUCUAGUUGCAAAGAAAAGUUUGUUAUAUGUUUGAGCUGCAUUUAGAAAUCUUCCUUUCAACCCCAGUUAACCCCUUAGAAUGACUAGCAUCUAAUUUCUCCUUACAAUAUCACCCCUGAAUCAAACAUUAGGGUCACAAGAAAAAAGGAAAUGAUCAUUAACUAAAAGAGCUCAUGAUUGUCAAACAAAUUCUCCUUGUCAGCUCCUUAGGAAAUUUAUAGAAAACAGUAUGGAGAAUAUGCAUACUGAUGUUAGGGUGGAAAGAGAUAAAGAUUUGUAUGUCAACUGGCAUUUUUUUUUUGUUCCUUUUCAGGUUAAAAGAUGUAAGUACAGUUUCUUUCAUUUAAAAGAGAAGAAUGUGAAGUUAACUGCAUAUUAAGUCAUGGUGAUCUGCAUUAAAAACAUGUAUUUUACUCAGAGAAAGUAUUGUAACUAUUUAUCUUUCAUUUGCAUUCAAACUAACGAGACGUUUCCUUCCUAAAACUCAGUAAAUCUUCCUUUUCUAUUUUUUAUCAUCAACAGAAUGCCAACCAUUGUUUGUGUGAUACCUGUACUUAAAAAUGUAAAGUUGUUCAUGACUUUUAAUUGUUUUCUUUUUGAAAAGUAAACAAUGCUUUGUAUUUGGUCUUUUUGAUUUUAUGUAGUGUUAUGGCAGCAAGAUGAAGUCUGCUCCAGGUUGGUAUCAGUCAGUUUAAUUGUACAAAUUGUAUACUUACCCUCUCUGCCCAGGAAUAUAAUUGAACCUGGGUAUACUUUUAGAGAAACUUGACUUAGAAUUGUGGGGUAACCUGCCAUUGACCUUCCCUCCUCCACUCCCCUCUUCAUAGGGGUAGCCAUGGUCCAAGUCACUUGAUGAUACAGAGAAAAAAAUAAGUUCCCUGACCUAUCUUCAGUAGUCCCAUGUGCAGGCACUACCUCACCUGCAGUAGAAGCAAGGUAGCCCGCGUGUAGCUGUACCCCCUUCUGAUGCUCGUUGGGGGAGAGGGUACACCUACACACAGGCUACAGCAAGGAGAUUCAGAACUUUACUGAAGGACAGUUCUGGUCUUUUCUUUUAUUUUCCCCAAAACACUAAAUACUAGAGAGUCUUUGUUAUAAGCAAUGCCUUUGUUGGUUUAUUGUUGUUACUUAUAUGGUUGUAAGGGAUUUGUAAUUUUUUCAAACAAUAUGUGACUCAAUGAAUUAACUGUACAACUCUGAAUUUGUUUCUUUUAUCAUUGACAGGUGGUAUAACCACACCCACCAGAAAGGGAACAGCUAAAAGAAGAGAGUAUGCUGAUAUUAGUUAAUUUUCACUUCUGAUAACUUAACUUUCAAUUAUAUAGGUCUCCAACUUGGAUUUUUACGAAGUAACUUGAAUUACCAAAACAGUACAUGCAAAUUUAACGAUCUAAUGGUUCCAUAGUAUGUAUGCUCAAAAUGAUGGAAACUUCACAAUCACAAUUUGCCCACAAACAAAUUUACCCAACUAUACUCACUGUUACUAAUCUUUAUUCAAAAUGGCAAAAUAAAAUAGUUCUUGCUUAAAAAAAAAAAAGGAAGAGGUAGAAAGAUUUAGAUCCCAUCUCCUCAUUCUGGUACAUCUGAGGGUUAAAUUGUUGUUGGAAAAAGAUAGGACCGAGGAGAGUACAAUUCAGGAAGUUACUGGGGGAGUAAUUUCAGACUGCUUCAGUCCAUGUGCCUUGUCUUGAAUUACAAGGUAAAAUCUGUUCUCUACUUCCUGACAAAAAGUUAUUUCAAUUUAUUUUUUCAGAGGCUUGCGUCGUGUUCCGUCAAAGUCAGAACAUCAUGGUAAACGUUUUUAUGAUUAUUUUUCACGAUUUUCUUUGAAAGGAGGUGUUUUUUCCAUUGAAAUAAAUAUUUGAUAGCUUGUCAUUAAGGAACUUAGCUUGCUUUUGAGCAAUGAGAAGGAUAUCAGUUGAUGUGCUCUUAUUGUAUGAUUUAAGGUGACUUUUAUUCUCGUUCAAAUUCUGUCAGGUCUUCCUCGUCGUACCUCAGCCAUCCCAACAGAGGUUGGAGCUUCCAAAGAAGAAGAAGAGUAAGUUUAAUUUAACCUUUGAAGUAUCAAUUAUCAAUGGUGAAAGACACGCCCGUUUGAAACUCCUGCCGUAUCACGGCAAAACUUAUUCUAAUAUCGCGAAAGUAAGUUAAUUUAUUUUAUUGUUUCACUUCUUUAAGGGAAAUUGAUGCUGCAAACUACAUUGUGUUUUGUAAAUCUUUGCUGAGACUCAUACAGGUCAGUAGUUGGAUUAGAAAUUGCAAAAAGUGCGGUGUGGUCUGAAGUAAGAUAAAAGGGUCGUCAAGUAUCCAAGGCGAAACAGGAGAAGAUUUGUUGGGUUCGAUUCUUAAUCCCACUGAGGAUUUUACAGUUAUUGUGACUCUUUUAAGAAGAAAUGGUAUAAUUUGGUCAAUAUUGCAAGUCAACACAAACUCUAGAAAUUUUGAGGGUAUCUUUUACCCGUAAAAGAAACGUUGUCUAGUCUGUUUGUGCAGCAAGAGAUGUUAUCUCUAAUGUUAGUGUUUUUGUUUUUUGUUGUAUCCAUACUGUCUUGUUAGAGUGAACGAGAGCUAAUGAAGAGCAUCAUUCCCGAGCAGAGUCAAAGCACCACUUUUGAUACACUUAUUCAGGCCGCUAUGGAGGAUUUCAUUGCCGAAGGGGAGGUAAGUGAUCCCCAUGUUAUCACGCGACAGUUUUUUGUAAUAUUCUUUUGCAAUUCCUCUUCGUGUAGUAACAUUUAAACACAACGAAUCUUGGUCUUAAUUAUUAAAAAUCAGUCGAAACGCGCAUUCCUCUCGUACGUUGGUACCGAUUUUACCUUUACAUCAGCGCUUGUAGUCUGUGGCGUUUUUUUCCUUCGCAGCCAUAGGCAUGUUUUCCCGCACUUGGAUUUGCUUGCAUGUUUUCUGGCGCUUAGAUACGAUUGCAUUUUUUCCCGCGCUUGGAGCCAGUUGCAUGUUUCUUAGAACUUGGAGCUAAUUACAUGUUUUCAAAGACAAACCUGUCCGUCAUAUCAUUGAUGAACGCGCAACAAAGCUUUUUAAACAUUAAUUUUUUUCUCUUUCAGUCCAUCAUAAGUAUCCUGAAGCGACAUUUUGGCAAGCACAACUACUCCGCCAUUCAGCAGGUGUUUCCAAUACUUAAGGAAUUCAAUGCCAUUCAACCUGAUUUCUACGUCACACUGCAGGUACGAUGAUAUUUAUUUCAAUGUACUGCUGAUGUUGUUUUAGUUUGUUUUCCUGUGGAGAUAAAGUCGAUAAAAGGACAAGUCCUAGCCGCUCGGCUCUCUCUAGAGACACGACAGAAUCUUUCAAAACAGAUCUUGUUUUCUCGUUUUACAAGAUAUGGAUUCAUUUUCCUUGCAGGAGACAUUUCACAGAACCCAAAAACAGUUCCCAACUCUAAUUCAUGAAUUGGAGUCCCUGGUAAGUCAUUUCAGCGAAUAACGUAAUGAGUCCAUUCAUUCUAAGCUUCAACAUCCCCUGGGUAAUUCCCCAGGCAUUUGAACUUUUGAAGAUUGGUCUGUUAAAAUUCCUGCCCCACGGGAAAACAUUUUGUUCAAAUGCCCCGCCGCUAAAAGGAAACACCAGCGACCAUAACUUUCUACCCAUUGACCAAGCUUAAAACCCAGACCUUGUAGACCUUUCUUGUAAGCCAUUCUCUUGCUAAAGUCAGCUAUUUACCUUAAAGACAUAUAAGACUUGUAUUCCGCUGGAAAGACUUGAAACUUCUGGUUCAAAUUGCCCACCUCAGCCAGGCGGGGUUCGAAUUCCCCAUCCCCGGGCUCAGACGACGGUCAAAUGCCCCUGGGUUUCUGGGGAGGGGGAUGUUGAAACUUCAAACUGAUUGAUGAGCAGACAGGUUUACCUCACAAGACACUUCUUAAAAAAAGAAAGGGAACCAAAAUACAAACCACUUAAGAUAUACUUAUUAUGAAACUUCAUUUACUUAUUGUUAGCAUUGUUGGGUAAUCUUGGACGGUUUCAUCGAAAAACAACUUUGUAUUGACAUGAAAUUAAAGCUGCUGCACAUAUUUAAAAGAUAACCCAUUUUUUUUUGUUUUGUUUCAUAGUCUGCCAAGGCCUUGGACGAUUUUAAGGAGGGCAUUAAGGUGAAAAUGAAGUUAUCUUUAACGUAAUUUUGGGCUUGUAAGAAUUUUGUUAUUGUCUCGUUUAUCUGCCUUGGCAACGAUGUGUGUUGUUCUUGAAGAAAUUACAGUUUCCGCUCAUAAAAGAUGGGCAUAACCUUUCUCCUAGAACACCUUAAAUUACCUUAGGCGCUCUUAUGGUUUUAUUCGAUGCCCUUCGUUUAAAAAGUCACCCUUAUAAGGUAGACUUAAAUCGUAUGUUUUAUUCAUAAAAUUAUCUUGAAUUUUCAUUUCAGCAAAAUCCUGACAAACAUUCUAACAUGCCAAGCGAUGGAACAGUUCAUGAACUCACUAGAAACGUAUGUUUUAUCAUGUUAUGAACCUUUCUUUUUAGUUAGGCAGUAAUGCCGUAUAAGACAAGAAAGUGAUUAAGCUAUCGGAGUGCUGGUCUCACGUAGUACAGUUCUAUGAUGUCCAGCAAAUAUGGAUUGUUUCAAUAUUCUUAUCAGCACUACUCCUGAACGGUACGACAAAGUCAAAUCAGGACACUUGACAUACUUUGCACUUUCCUCUGUCUCACCGUUUCAUUUGUUUUUAGACACUUAUUUUCAUGGAACAGCUCCUACCCUACACUGAAACAGUAGGAAGCAUGUUGGUAACUAUGCAAGGUAAGAGUUAGCUAACGUGACAGGCGCGAUAUCGUGCGGUAAAUGUGCGAAGAUGGUCAUACAUGCGCGCGUGAUGCCUCGCUCAUUGGCGCCUGGUUAAAUCGUGUACCUGCGAUGCGGAAAGAGUUCCAUCUACUCGCUCCAUCAGUUAGUUUAUAUUGAUACAUAUGUUCCUGCCGUACUGUUAGCACAUUUACAAAUGCAGACUUAUGGAAAUCGCAAAGUACUGCGGCAAAGAUCAGAAAUACAUGUAUGGUCUGACCGCACUGAAACGCUGCCUUCUCUAGGUUCCUCUGUUGAUUACGUUUUAUAUUGCAGAGGACCAGAGCGGAAAUUUCUUCACAAGAGAAAGAGAACUCUUCGUAAAGGUUGUCUCUGAAUACAUUCGUGAGUAUCAAGUUGUCUUCACUUCGUGUAUUUUUUACAAAUUUUACACUUCUGUUUUCAAGUGAUUUAGGAACUCACUUCAUCACUUACUCAGUUAGAAGCAAAUACGAACCUUACACAAAAGUGAAAAAUAUUUUUAGAGGGAAAGUGUUGUUCAGUAGAUACAGUUCGAAUAACCUGUAUGGGUACAAAUUGUAGUACAUAAACUAUUCCCUUUACACCUAUCUGUCUUUUGUAGAACGUGUACUUGGGGCACUGGGUCUGAAUCUUGAGCUCAAGGCAACAGUGUACGAGGCACCAACGCUUAGUUCUCUCUUCCUGCUGAAUAAUUACAAUUACAUAGUAAAAGCCUUACAAAGGUAAGAGGGGCGACUAUAUUGAGACAAUUCUUUGGGUAAAAUAGCUAAGUGGCAUCAAUGGUUUGAUUCAUGACCCUUGAAAAAUAAGCAUUGGAAGUCGUAUGCAGAGUUAUAAGCUUAAGGGAAUCACCAUAUGCGCGCGCUAUGGUAGACGAAACCAGAAUAUGGUUUUUUUUUUGUCAAGACAGCUAUGCGUCUGAAGCCUUGUUGAUUGAAGGCAACGUGAAAUUAUUCUGCGCAUGCUUAGUCAGUAUUUAUUUUUUGCCUUUGGAGUGAAUGAAACAGGAUUGUCUGAGCCGCAAACAGAGGCGGCGAAAUAAACCUUUCAAAGUUCUAGUGGCCUUACAAGACGGGGCUUCGAAUGUAAGCACUGCGAUCGUUUUAUUACUGAGCUCCUGAAAAUCCUGACAGCUGUUAAAUUUAUGACAAUUCUGAGAAUCAGAACCCCUGUUCAUGACAUGGGUUAGCUAAGAAAAACGCGGGUUUUCUGAGCGAAUUACCAUAGAUUACUACAAAACUGUUUUUUUUAAUUUUCAAAUUUCUCUCUGUGUUGUAAAAUUGAGAGUCAUUGUCGCCGAAACUUUCAUCUUGUCGCCUGUAGGUCAGGUCUCCUCACUCUUCUUCAGGAAGGUGGAAUUACAGGGGUUGAAGAUCAAUACCAGCAGUUGAUCGCUGAGCAUAAAGAAACCUAUCAGAAGUGGUAUUACAUUAAAUAUAUCCGAGUCACGAUUGGUUGUUUGAUUUGGCUAUCUAACGGACAAUGAAAAUACUGACUGAUUGCCGGACUGGCUAAUUGACUGACUGACUGACCAACUCACUGCCUAACUGUCGAAAGGAUUGACUGAUUGAUUGACUAACAAACUAGCUGACUAACUGAUGGAUUGACGGAUGGACCGAGUGAAUGACUGAUGACUGUCUGACUGACUGACGGAGGGGCCGACUGACUGAUUGUCUGACUGACGGACUGAUAACUUACUAACUGACAGAAGGACUGGCCAACGGGCUGCUUGACUGAUUGACUCCUUGACUGACUAACUGACUGAAAAAUUCGAUGACUGACUUAAUUUUAAAUUGAUGACUGUCUGACUGAUAUACAAAUGACUGACUGACUGAAUUCACUGACUGUCUGACUGACAGACUAGCUCUAAGCCGUUGUUUGCUUAAUAUUAAGAUUGAUUCAAAUGUUUGUUAUUCUUUAGCUGGAAUAAAGUCCUUACUGUUUUAAUGGAAGUGGAGAAACCAAUGUCAGGUCAUAAAGGAAAUGAUCCACAGGCCAAGGUAAGUUUAAAAGAACCAGGACAUUUAAGGAUAUUUAUUUUGUCGUAACUGCGGCGAGAAAGGAUUAUGUAGGUUGCCGCACUGUUGACUCCCGCUACUUGCAAGACAUUUUUGUUUCACCUCGUUUGGUUUGUUCAUUUGUUUUUUCAUAACUUUACUCUGAAAACUCGGCCCUCUUUUAUCAGAGUUUUACUAGUCAAACUGCUGUCUACAAUAUUUGUUGUUUUAUUCCUAGUAAAACAAGUCUUAAAAAAUUACCUACGUGAUUUUAUUCUCUGAGGCCUUCACGUAAACAUGAACUUGUUACUUUCAUAUUUCAUACGCAACCUUACCUUUAUUCUCUCUUCCUGUGUAGCUGAAAGAUAAACAGCGACAAAUGAUAAAGGAUAAGUUUAAGGUAAACAUUGAUAAAAGUGAGUUUAUGAAAGCAUGCUCUUCCCUUCCCACCCCUCCCCCACCCUCCCCCAACUCUUUCCUCCCAAGUCGAGUAUUGCCUUUGUAUUGGUGACUUUAUAAUAGUCGACUACAUUCUUUUUUUGUUUUGUUUUGCUUUGUUUGUAUGUUUGUUUUUUUUUUUGGGGGGGGAGGGAGGGAGGGAGGGAGGGGAGGGGGGGGUAGUGGUAAGAACGACUGGGUUGUUCACAUCGUGUUUUUAGUUCUAAUCCUUGCCGAUGGGGGGGGUUGGCAAGCACUCAAAUAGGGUCUACAAAUGUCAUUACCAAGAAAAUGCCCGUUUUUGUUCUUCUAGGGUUUUAAUACAGAAUUUGAAGAGCUUUAUCAGAUACAGAAAACCUAUGCAGUCCCUGAUACACAGCUUCGAGAUCAACUGCGGGGUGAAAAUGUGAACCUUAUUCUACCCCUCUACUCUUCAUUUCGACAAAAGUAAGUAGUGACUUGAAAUCAGUAUUUCUUAGCUUUUUCAGACUCUAGCUUUGAAAAUGCAAAACAUAUCUGUGGUUUCUGAAUUAAUGUUGGACUCACCUGGUGAAGAUUCUUGGAUGUGCCCUUGGUGAUUAGGGUGCGUCAGUUCUACGAAGAAAUUCUCUUAUAUGUACUACUUAGGGGAAAGUGACUCAGUUAUCUGUUGAAGGAAGUCCUGGGAAUGAAGUCUUUAAUGAUAAGGCAUCGCACAAUUUUGUUCGAUUGUUUUAAUAGCUUAGAUAAUAACUAAGUUGCUCCCUUCCCAAGGAACUUCACCAGUAAAUCUCGCUGGUCAUAAGAGGGUUAUGAGAAGUGCAUGGUUACUUGCACUAGUUCACAGACCUUCAUUAUCGGUGCUGCAGGACCCGCGUUUCUCCGCCCGCGGGAAGGUUUAAAGACGAGUCGGGAGAGGUUUGCCAGGGGUCUGGCCCUAAUAAUGCUGGAACCCCUUGCAGAAAUUUCGCCCGCGUUGCUCAAGGUCACAUACUUUUUCCUGCAGGCGAAGAAACGCUCAUCCUGAAGCACUAAUGCUAAGGGCUUACUCACAGGCUACACUUUAUUUCUAAUGCCAUGUUGAUUCGGUUGAAUUUGAUUCUUUUUCUUCUGUAGAUUUGCUAAUUUACCCUUUACAAAGAAUCCUGAAAAGUACAUCAAAUACUCUGUGGAGGCUGUAGAAGUCAUGAUGAAAAAGUUCUUUGAUGUCUCGGCAUAACUAUCGUCAUGUUGCUCGUAUUCAAUACCAAACAUUGAUGGUGUUCUGUUGUUUUGAUUCUUUUAAUUCAAGUUAAUGGCAUUUAUCGUUGCUAAAGUACAUUUAAAAGACAAACUUUGUUGUUCGUAACAUUUUGUAAAGUCAUUUUUCCAGCUGUCAUGCGAAAACUAACCCAAAAAUACAUCCCUAAUGUACUAAAAAAAACAGAGGAAAAAUAUAUCACUUUGUGAAAUGAAUACUAAUGAAUACUGAUAUAAACAUUGAAAGCAGGUUCUAUAAUAAAUCAUAAUUAACAGGUUAUUCAGGCUGCCUUUCCCACUUCACUGAAUUUCAUUAGCCCUGUAACCCUCAAGAUCUGAAUAUUGAUUCUUCCCUUUAGCUGCUAC